GUUAUUGGCCACCGUUUCACAUGGAAAAAAUUGUAGCGGCUAUCAAAAAACAUGCCGAACCAAAUACAUGUUGGCCUUCAUAUAAUGUUAUGACUUUCAGAAACAGCAGUUAUGAUAACUAUAAAACAGCCAGGGAAAAAGCCAAAAAGGCUGAAUUAACAUCUGAAUUAAACUCCGAGACUGAUAAUGAUAACAUUUCGAAAAGAAAAAUUAUCCCAAAGAAAUUCUUUUCGUCAUCAGAUGAAUCUACCGAAGAGUGCACUAAAUUACGGACGCCUCCAAUUAUGAACACACAAAAAUCAUUGAAAAGUACAAAUUACGAAAAUGCGAAGAGCAACAAAUGUCAAUCAAGAUCAGUGGAUCAAUCAUCCAAUGAAGUUCCGAAUAAACGGACGAAGCACUUACAAGAUGGAUUUUUGAAUAUUUCAAAUAUUUUGCAGGACAAUGAGCACAACAUACAAAAUAAUAAGACAGAAGAUGUUGUCGACAAUAAAAUUGUGCUUCAGUAUUUUAAAGAAAUUAUCCGUCAGCAAUCAUACUUUAAGACCCAGUUAUGGCAAAUAGCAGAUGAUUUAAAAGAUAUGAAAAAUGAAUUGUUGCAACAAGUUCAUCAACGGCCCAAUGUAACUGAAAGAGAAGAGUCUAUUUUUUCUUUUCCUCAUCUUCCUUUUAAUUCGGUGGAAGAUUUAGAAGAGCACGUGGAACAAUUUUUAAAUCAACCGAAUAAGUUCGAAAUAUCGGUUAAAGAAGUAUCUAGAGUAGGGGGAAAAAAUCCUUACGAAUUUAUUAAGCGCAAUUGUACUCGUUUGUUGACCAACGAGCUGGCUGAAAAAUAUAGUUGGCUAGGAGCAAAACAGAAAAGGAAAUUUUGUCAUUUAAAACUCGCUGACUUGCUAAUUGUUUCCGGUCAAGAUAGUAAUUCCGAAUAUAACAAGAAAGUUUUAGAAGAAGCAGUUCAGAAAUGGCUGCGAAGAGCUAAAGAAAGAUUAAAUGGUGAAAAGAAGAAGCAAGAUAACAAAGAACUGAAGAAGACUCAUCAUAACUAUAAGAAGACUAAUAACAAGAAGAUUAAUAAUAUUAAUAAUUUUUGA